GUUCAACAGGAUUAACGCACACACACGCACGCUCACACACACACAGAUGCUGGUGUUUAGUGUUUUGCGAGUUUAUGCGAGUUCGUAUUUUCUUACCUCCUUAACGGAACGGUGGCUGCUUCCCUGACCCGGUAGUCUGUGUGUGUAGAGAAACCGAAAGGCAGCUGGUGUGUGUCUGGACCGCGUGUGUAUGAGAGAGAGAAGAGAAAGCCGCCAGAGCAGCCGGAGAAGGAAGGAUGGUUUUGCCGAUAAAGCUGCUCCUGCGAGUGCAUGUCUCCGGGGCGACAGAGCCCUGCCCCUUCUCGCCAUGAGCCGGGUCAACCGCGUCUCCUGCUCCAUGCUCAACUGUUUUGGUGAGGAGGGGCCUCCCAGUCUGGAGUACAUCCAGGCCAAGGACCUGUUCCCCCAGAAAGAGCUGGUCAAAGAAGACGACAGCUUACAGGUGCCUUUCCCAGCUCUUCAAGGUGAAGGGGUGGAGUUUCUGGGCCGCGCCGAUGACGCCAUUAUCGCCAUCUCCAACUACAGACUGCAUAUUAAGUUCAAAGAUUCCAUUAUCAAUGUGCCUCUCAGGCUGAUUGAAGGUGUGGAGAGCAGAGAUAUGUUCCAGCUGCACAUCAUCUGUAAGGACUCCAAAGUAGUAAGGUGUCACUUCUCCACGUUUAAGCAAUGUCAGGAGUGGCUUAAGAGGUUGAAUCGAGCUAUAGCUCACCCCACCCGUCUGGAAGACCUGUUUGCUCUGGCGUACCACGCAUGGAGCCUUGGGGGCUGUGCUGACGAUGAGGACCAGCAUCUACAUCUCUGCAGACCAGGUGAUCAUGUCCGUCACAGGAUGGAGACGGAGGUGAGAAGAAUGGGCUUUGACAUGCAGAACGCCUGGAGAGUGUCUGACAUCAACAGCAACUACAAACUGUGUUCCAGUUAUCCUCAAAAGCUGCUGGUGCCAGUGUGGAUCACAGAUAAGGAACUGGAUAGUGUGGCCUCCUUCAGGUCCUGGAAGAGAAUCCCUGUAGUGGUGUACAGGCACCAGAGGAAUGGCGCAGUGAUAGCACGCUGCAGUCAGCCUGAGAUCAGCUGGUGGGGAUGGAGGAACACUGAGGACGAGUACCUGGUCACGUCCAUCGCCAAAGCCUGUGUGCUGGAUCCAGGGCCACGAGCGACCUGCAGGACACGAGGGGACGGGGGAGACUCUUCUGACUGUGACUUCGACUCCUCCCUGGCGGUGGGUUCAGGUCCGGAUGCCAGCACUGCACCACAGAAGCUGCUGAUCCUGGAUGCGCGAUCCUACACUGCUGCAGUGGCCAACCGUGCCAAAGGAGGUGGCUGUGAGUGUGAAGAAUACUAUCCAAACUGCGAGGUGAUGUUCAUGGGCAUGGCUAAUAUCCACUCCAUCAGGAACAGUUUCCAGUCUCUGAGGGCUGUGUGCAGUCAAAUCCCUGAUCCUGGCAACUGGCUGUCUGCCUUAGAGAGCACACGCUGGCUGCAGCAUCUGUCCGUCAUGCUAAAGGCAGCCACUCUUGUAAGUUCUGCUGUGGAGAGGGAGGGACGUCCAGUGCUGGUACACUGCUCUGACGGCUGGGACCGCACACCUCAGAUAGUGGCCCUUGCCAAGGUCCUGCUCGACCCCUACUACAGAACCAUCGAGGGAUUCCAGGUGCUGGUGGAAACCGAGUGGUUGGAUUUCGGACAUAAGUUUUCAGACCGCUGCGGCCACAGCGAGAGCGCUGAAGACGUAAACGAACAGUGCCCGGUCUUCCUCCAGUGGCUCGACUGCGUCCAUCAGCUCUUAAAACAGUUUCCCUGCUCGUUCGAGUUCACAGAGGCCUUUUUGGUGAAGCUGGUGCAGCACACGUACUCGUGUCUGUAUGGAACAUUCUUGUGUAAUAACGCCAGAGAGAGAGAAUCCCGAAACAUCUACAAGCGGACAUGCUCUGUCUGGUCCCUGCUCCGUGCCGGCAACAAGAACUUUCAGAACUUUCUCUACAUCCCCUGCCAUGAUAUGGUUUUGCAGCCGGUGUGUCACACGCGAGCACUGCAGUUGUGGACGGCCGUUUAUUUGCCCACCUCGUCCCCAUGCACUGCCGCUGAGGACGCUAUGGAAAUCUAUCUGAGCGCCUCAUCUCAGGGAGAGGAGCUCACCUCACGUUCACUUGACAGGCUUCCCAAGACGCGCUCGAUGGACAACUUGCUGUGCGCUUUUGAAAAUGGCGUAGCCCUCACACGCACCUCCAGUGAUCCCAACUUAAAUAAGCACUGCCAAGAGGGACGACCUCCUCUGGAGCCAAUUAUGGGCCAGGGUGGGAGUUUCACAGACAACCAAGAGUUAACCCCUGACACUGAAUUGUGUACUGAGGACCAGGAAGUGGCCCCAUGUCAGGAAAAGCCACCCUCGCCCUCUCCAAAUUCUGAUAAGGAUAGCUGUAUAAAUAAUGAACCAGAACCUUGUCUCACAACACAGCCUUUGCCGUCCUUGCCUCAUCCUUUAACGUUGGACCAGAUUUCUCCUCCAUCACAAGACCCACCCAUUUUACAAGAAACAUUGCUUCAAAUCACCAGCCCCCCUCUCCCACAAUUACCACAGGAAGUGGAAACGAGGAGUGUGGAUACCUUUUGCCCAUCCACUUCUACAGAGGAUCCACAUGACGUGCCGAUCUCAAAUGGCUUAGAGAAGGACGAGAGCACUACUGAGGCACUUGGCUUCCCUUCGCCCACUGUUGCAGAGCUUUUAGAGAUCAAAAAACUCACUACGCUUGUCCAGUUGGAGGAUUCCACUGAAACCAUAAAGGACGAGUAUGGCACCGUGGCCGAGCUGCAUUCUGUUCAGAAGGUCAACACAGGAAAGGCUCCGGUCUCAGCUCUGGCUACAAAUGAUGAAAAGUGGACCCAGGGUGUUAGGAAGCUCCUCCGUACCCAGUCUGGUAACACCAACGGAGGUUACAGAGAGGCUCAGCGUAAUCUAAGCAGUCCAAUCCAGCCUGGUUGGAUGUCAGCAGUGAAAAAUGCUGCACUCUGCAAUUCUUCAUCCUUUUCUUCAGCCCUGGGACCGUCGUUCCGUCAGAUUCCGUCAGUGGCCCACUGCGUGGAUGACGACGGCUUGCCGGUGGCGCUGGAUGCCGUGCAGCAGCGCCUACGUCAAAUUGAGGCGAGCUACAAGCAGGAGGUAGAGGGGUUGAGGCGGCAGGUCAAACAGCUGCAGAUGAAGCUGGAGAGCAGGCAGUAUAGCUUGCCACCAUCCAAGCCAGACAUCUACUACGAGGAUGACAUUACAUGCCUCCGAGAGUCAGAUGAUGAUGACGAAGAGGAUUCUCUAUCGGCCCACAGCGAGGAUCGCCUCAGCGAGGGCAGCUGGGAUCGAGUGGAGAGAAAAGAUACAGAGGUUACCAGAUGGGUUCCAGACCACAUGGCCUCGCAUUGCUUCAACUGUGACAGUGAGUUCUGGAUUGCUAAGAGACGUCAUCACUGCAGGAACUGUGGAAACGUGUUCUGUAAAGACUGCUGCCACCUGAAGCUGCCCAUCCCCGAUCAGCAGCUUUACGAUCCGGUGCUAGUGUGUAACUCGUGCUACGACCUGCUGCUGGAGAGCCGAACGCGGGAACUUCGCUCGCAGCAGCUCAAAAAACCCAUCGCCACGGCCUCAAGCUGAGCACGCACAUCAGAUUCCCACCCGGUGGGCUUCCCACACGCCCUUACCUAGGUGCUCUGAGAGUCACCUGCUGUUUUUGGCAGAGAUGUGACGGCCACGCUGGUUAGUGAGAAUUAGUGGUUUGUUUUGAGCUGAAGCACUGCGAGGAUGUGGGCAAGCAAAUACAAGACUGAGUCAGGGAACGGUUUGAUGACUGAAUGGAGUUUAAAACGGAGAAAGAGGUGAAGGUUUUUUAAUCACACGGAGGGGCUGAACUCAUAAAUCUCUUUCUCUCUUUGACAGAGAAAGCCUGAUUUUAAAAAGUCCACCAGGGGGUGCUGUGGCUACAGUGUCCAUGGUGCAAAAAGAUGUUUCAUCUCAAGAAGUCGUCACAUUGUAUCCAGAACUCUAUAGAAAUCUGUGCAUCAUGGUAUUGGGACACAGAUUUAGCUCUCUAAAACUUAUAUCAAAUACAACCGCAAAUAUAAACGUACCUUAGAGGACAAUCUCUCGUUUGCCCUUGACGCCAGUGACUCCAAGGUCUCGUGUUCCACCCAGAGGCUCGCCGUAUCAAAGAUGCUGCUGCUGCUACAGUAUUUAAAAGAAAUCUAAUUUUGUACCAUUAUUUUGUGCACUCUAAGCUGUUGUAAAUUUGAGGGAAAUCUGAGACCAAACCGAGGGCGAAAGGGAGAAAAUAUGCGGUUUGUUUACUCUGUGGUCUGAACUUGAAUGUACUGUUUGUCUUUUUUAUGUCUGAAAGGAGCCACUGAAGAGAUGUUGCUGGAUGUUGACAUUUAAAACUGAUCUGAGGCCAGUUAUAAUGGAAAAAAAAUCUUUGCAUGGAUAGCAGGAGUUUCAGUGUAUAGACUGUGGGGGAGACGGAUGAAUACAAUUGAUUUGAUAUGUAGUGUGCUUGUUUCUUCACAUAAUGGGGGAAAAACAAGUGCAUAUGAGAAUAGAUGCUAAAAGAUGCAGUAUCAAUGCUGUACUGUCCUUGUUGUAAUUCUGUUUUUGACAUGCUCUUGUGCGUUCAGGGGAAUCCUUAUCAUCACCAUUGAUUUAAGUACAGAUUAACAUGAACAGAUGGGUGAAAUAUUUUAAGAAGUGGUUUUUGCUGCCCAUAACGUGAAUUACAAUUCUAUUUAAACUUUCUGUGCCUCAAAAGAAAAGAUACUUUAAAUGAAUAAAAUAGUCAGACCAAUUACAUAUAAACAUUGCGAAUAAUUUGUUUUUUUUUAAUGCAAAAUUAUGUCUUUAAAAAUUAAAAAAUAAAACUUUUUUUUCUUUUUCUUCUUCCCUUUGGCAUGUUAAAAACAGGUUUGAAACAGGGAGUUCACAGAGCCACUGAAUUGUUCAGACCCGAGUAAAGUUUAAUUUUGUGUGUCGCUUAAUUGAAACAUGCAGAAUAGCAUUACGCAAAUCCUAAAAAAAUAUAUAUAUAUUCAAAUAUAUAUAUAAAAAAAGUUUCUUUUUUUAUUUUAUCAGACAAUGUUCCUAGCUGUACAUAUAUUAUUUUAUUGUGUUCUUUGAAAUACUAGUGCCAUUCAUUUAAUUUUUUUCUUCUCUUGUGGACUGCACCAUGUCACUGCUCAUUAAUGACUAAACCUGUAUAAUGGUACGAAUACUUAGCAAGUGAGUGUUUUCUGAGAUUCUGCGAUGCCUAAUAAUCUAGGUCUUUUUUUUUUUCAAUGGAAAAUGAUGAAGGAACAUUUGAUUUAGAAAAAAAAUUAAAUAAAAACCAAACCCACUGUAAUAUAAAUAUAUAGUUAUCUGUACCUAGUGGCUGGAAUUUGUCACUUAGUAAAUGUUGUAAAGAAUUGCACUGUUCAAGUCUAAUCCCAUAGGGCAAAUAAAAAAAAAUGU